GAGAGAGGAGAGAGAGGAGAGGGAGAAGGCGAGGGUGCAGAGGAGAAGGGAGUACGCGAGGUAGGAAGGAGAGCCUCAGUCUCUGAAGCGCGAAAGAGCUCACGGAUUAAGAAUUUGCCGGGCAGUUGACACCCCGGGAAAACAUACAGAAAAUCAGCAUCACCCAACUCUGACGUCUCCUACCAGAAGUUAGAGACUUCAGCAGUAUUGCCAUCGGAUGCAUAUGGUAGGCUGGAUACUGUGGGGUAUACUCCCGAGCGGACGAAGUGCAAUUGGAUGUGGCGUGUGUUAAAUACCAGAAGAGCCCAGACCCAGUGGGUAAAAAGCGAGGAAAUGUGACGAGAAUGACUAACGACAAAUCUGUGAAUUUGUUCUCGGGAGUUGCUAAUUUGCCAGCCCGAAGCCACACGUUUUACAAGGAGGAAACGUUUUGCUGCUUCUGAAUUCUCCCCAAACUGGUGCUACCAGAUGCAUGGCUUUCUAUGUGUUGGAACAGAUCCUUCUUAACUGCAGCCUACCGGGAAAGGGGAAAGGUUGAGGCAACUAACUGGCUGUCUCCAAAUACGAGAUGAGAUGUAAUGCCUCCUCCAGUCCAUGCACACUUCCUCUUACAAUUCCUGCAUCAUUCCUCAGUGGAAACCUUUAAACUCUAAAAUCCAAGAAAAGAAAAUAAAUACAUUAUCAUGGACCUGAGGGAUUUUUACCUGUUGGCUGCUCUGAUCGCCUGUUUAAGGCUGGAUUCUGCAAUAGCUCAAGAACUUAUUUACACUAUUAGAGAGGAAUUGCCUGAAAAUGUGCCCAUAGGAAAUAUACCAAAGGAUCUGAACAUUUCUCACAUCAAUGCUGCCACGGGGACCAGUGCCAGCCUUGUCUACAGGCUGGUUUCUAAAGCUGGGGAUGCCCCUCUGGUGAAAGUAUCCAGCACCACUGGGGAGAUUUUCACAACCUCCAACAGAAUAGACAGAGAGAAACUCUGUGGCGGGGCUUCCUACGCCGAGGAGAAUGAGUGUUUCUUUGAACUUGAGGUGGUGAUCCUCCCCAAUGACUUUUUUAGGCUGAUCAAAAUCAAGAUCAUCGUCAAGGAUACCAAUGAUAAUGCCCCCAUGUUUCCGUCUCCUGUCAUCAAUAUUUCCAUUCCAGAAAACACUUUGAUCAACAGCCGCUUUCCAAUCCCAUCAGCCACAGACCCUGACACAGGCUUCAAUGGGGUACAACAUUAUGAAUUGCUAAAUGGGCAGAGUGUUUUUGGACUGGAUAUUGUGGAAACUCCAGAGGGAGAAAAGUGGCCGCAAUUGAUUGUUCAGCAGAACUUGGAUAGAGAACAAAAAGAUACCUAUGUGAUGAAAAUCAAAGUGGAGGAUGGAGGCACGCCACAGAAAUCCAGCACAGCCAUACUACAGGUCACAGUAAGUGAUGUGAAUGACAACAGACCGGUGUUUAAAGAGGGUCAAGUAGAGGUGCAUAUUCCAGAGAAUGCUCCUGUGGGGACCUCUGUAAUUCAGCUCCAUGCUACUGAUGCAGAUAUAGGCAGCAAUGCUGAAAUCCGGUACAUAUUUGGUGCCCAGGUUGCCCCUGCAACCAAAAGACUCUUUGCUUUAAAUAACACUACUGGGCUGAUUACAGUUCAAAGGUCCUUAGACAGGGAAGAGACAGCCAUUCACAAAGUGACAGUGCUGGCUAGUGACGGCAGCUCCACUCCUGCCAGAGCCACAGUUACCAUCAAUGUCACAGAUGUAAAUGAUAACCCUCCGAACAUAGACCUCAGGUACAUUAUAAGUCCCAUCAAUGGCACAGUGUAUCUGUCUGAGAAAGAUCCAGUCAAUACAAAGAUUGCCCUAAUUACAGUUUCAGAUAAGGACACAGAUGUGAAUGGCAAAGUGAUCUGUUUCAUUGAAAGAGAGGUCCCAUUUCAUCUGAAGGCAGUCUAUGACAACCAGUAUCUGCUAGAGACCUCUUCUCUGCUGGACUAUGAGGGCACCAAAGAAUUCAGCUUUAAAAUUGUUGCCUCUGAUUCUGGAAAGCCCAGCUUGAAUCAGACUGCUCUGGUAAGGGUUAAGCUUGAAGAUGAAAAUGACAACCCACCAAUUUUCAACCAGCCUGUAAUUGAGCUGUCAGUUUCUGAAAACAACCGACGUGGGUUAUACUUAACAACUAUUAGUGCUACAGAUGAAGACAGUGGGAAAAAUGCAGACAUUGUUUAUCAGCUUGGACCGAAUGCCUCCUUCUUUGAUCUGGACAGAAAGACAGGAGUUUUGACAGCCUCCAGAGUCUUUAACAGGGAGGAACAAGAGCGAUUCAUUUUUACAGUAACUGCCAGGGACAAUGGGACACCUCCCCUCCAAAGCCAAGCAGCAGUGAUAGUUACUGUUCUGGAUGAGAAUGACAAUAGCCCCAAGUUUACUCAUAAUCAUUUUCAGUUUUUUGUGUCUGAGAAUCUGCCAAAGUAUAGUACUGUGGGGGUAAUCACAGUGACAGAUGAAGACGCUGGAGAGAAUAAAGCUGUGACUCUUUCCAUUCUAAAUGACAAUGAAAAUUUUGUGUUGGAUCCCUAUUCGGGAGUCAUAAAGUCAAACGUCUCCUUUGAUAGGGAGCAGCAGAGUUCCUAUACUUUUGACGUCAAAGCCACAGAUGGAGGACAGCCACCUCGGUCCUCUACUGCAAAAGUAACUAUCAAUGUCAUGGAUGUCAACGACAAUAGUCCGGUUGUCAUUUCUCCACCAUCCAACACCUCAUUUAAGUUGGUGCCCCUCUCAGCCAUUCCCGGUUCUGUGGUUGCUGAAGUUUUUGCGGUGGAUAUUGACACUGGAAUGAAUGCAGAGCUGAAGUACACGAUAGUGAGCGGCAACAGCAAAGGGUUAUUUCGGAUUGAUCCGGUAACGGGCAACAUCACUCUGGAAGAAAAGCCAGCUCCUACUGAUGUGGGCCUGCACCGCCUCGUGGUUAACAUAAGUGACCUGGGGUACCCUAAGGCGUUGCACACUCUAGUGCUGGUAUUUCUUUAUGUGAAUGAUACUGCUGGAAAUGCCUCGUAUAUAUACGACUUGAUCCGUAGGACUAUGGAGACCCCACUGGACAGGAACAUAGGAGAUAGUAGCCAACCCUAUCAAAAUGAGGACUAUCUCACCAUCAUGAUUGCUAUCGUCGCUGGUGCCAUGGUGGUCAUAGUUGUAAUUUUUGUCACCGUCCUGGUACGCUGUCGCCAUGCAUCGAGGUUCAAAGCAGCUCAGAGGAGCAAGCAAGGUGCUGAGUGGAUGUCCCCAAAUCAGGAGAAUAAACAAAACAAGAAAAAGAAACGGAAGAAAAGAAAGUCACCCAAGAGUUCUCUUCUGAACUUUGUCACUAUUGAAGAGUCUAAGCCUGAUGACGCAGUUCAUGAACCUAUCAAUGGGACCAUAAGCCUGCCUGCUGAGCUGGAGGAACAAAGUAUAGGAAGAUUUGACUGGGGCCCGGCCCCUCCAACAACCUUCAAGCCUAACAGCCCCGACCUGGCCAAGCACUACAAAUCUGCCUCUCCACAGCCUGCUUUUCAUCUCAAACCAGACACUCCAGUUUCCGUGAAAAAGCACCAUGUCAUUCAGGAACUCCCUUUGGACAACACCUUUGUUGGGGGCUGUGACACCCUUUCCAAACGCUCCUCCACUAGUUCAGAUCACUUCAGUGCCUCAGAGUGCAGCUCCCAAGGAGGCUUCAAGACAAAGGGCCCCUUACACACCAGACAGUGUAACUCACACAGCAAAAGUGACAAUAUUCCUGUCACACAUCAGAAAUGCCCCAGCUCUACCGGUUUCCACAUUCAAGAGAAUGAAGAAAGCCAUUCUGAGCAGAAUAGAAGAGUGGAUUGUGGAAUCAAAUUCAAUUGCAUCAGGAAAUUGAGGUUUAAAUCACUCCUUAGCAGACAGUCUCAGCGCCGCGUUACCUUUCACCUCCCGGACGGCUCCCAGGAAAGCUGCAGUGACAGUGGUCUGGGAGACCACGAGCCGGUGGGUAGUGGAACCCUGAUCUCACACCCUCUUCCUCUGGUUCAGCCACAGGACGAAUUCUACGACCAGGCCUCUCCGGACAAGAGGACCGAAGCAGAUGGCAACUCGGACCCCAACUCUGAUGGACCUCUGGGUCCCCGUGGAUUAGCUGAAGCUACAGAGAUGUGCACUCAAGAGUGUCUGGUUUUGGGUCACUCUGAUAAUUGCUGGAUGCCUCCUGGCUUGGGUCCAUACCAACACCCAAAAUCUCCUCUGUCAACCUUUGCACCCCAGAAAGAAUGGGUCAAGAAAGACAAGCUUGUGAAUGGGCACACCCUGACAAGAGCAUGGAAAGAAGACACCAACAGGAACCAGUUCAAUGACCGUAAGCAGUAUGGCUCCAAUGAUGGCCAUUUCAACAAUGGCAGCCACAUGGCAGACAUUCCUCUGGCAAACCUGAAGUCCUAUAAGCAAGCAGGAGGCACGAUGGAGAGUCCUAAGGAGCACCAACUUUAAGAUGAAGUUGUAUGGGACCUAAUACCUUUAAUCUAAAUAGACAUUCAAUAUAAUCUACAACUAUGCCCCUUAUACUAGGGAUACUCAUAACUUUGUGUUAGCACCAUGGAGAAUACAAUGCUUUGCAACAUAAGAGAGAAAAUAGUUCUACUAGCCAUGUGAUGAUGUUCUUUGCUAGAAUUACUUAAACUCUCCAGAGAUCUCUCCAUUGUGUAAUUUAUUUUUAUUAUUGCAUUUUAUUUUGACCCUGGACUGCUGCUAUGAACAAUAGAAUAUGCAUUUGGAGAGUAAGAAAGUUCCAUGGAUUAGAGUGACUGACAAAACAUAUCCAGUUAGAAAUCUGUGCUCUUUUUGUCUUUGAUUUAUGCUGGGACCUCUAUACUUGACAUUAUACUUCAAACAAAACUUUAAAAGAUAAGCAUUAAACCUAUUGUGCUGUUAACACCGUUAGUGGACACUUGUAAGUCAAUCAGUGUUAAAGUAUUUGUAAAUAGAAGCAAGCUACUAUUAACAACUUUUGUGUACUUAUAGCAUUCACCUAAAAAUGUUGUAGCAUAAUUCUGUGUUGAUGGUUGCUUCUUUCCUUUUUUCAGUUUCCCACUUUCUUCUUAUUUUUGUUGAUUCUUUCAGUGAGGUGUUUCCACGUUGGUAGUCUGUCUUGGCACACAUUAUUCAAUGGAUCUUAAACAUUUGUAUUGUAAAGAGAUUCUGAAUUUUUGCUUCUUCUAUGAUAACUUAUAAUGUUAGAACUCUAUAAAAUUAUAAAGAUAAAAGAAAGAAAAACAUGAAAACUUCAAACACCAAUAAUAGCAGACAAGUACUUCUGCAAACUCUUAGAAAUACAGAACCUCUUUUUGGAAUUCUUAUUUUCAGAGUAGGGAAAUUAUAAAAUGACUUAAUUAGUACCAUUAAGAGAGAAAGUGAUGGGAAAGUGUUAUCCAUCAAAUGUGAUAUAUUCUGUACUUGUUACUCUUGCAAAACUAAUGUAUUAAAAUCCGCAUAUAAUGGACAAAAAAAUCAUUACUCAGAAAUAGUUUCAAUCAGGCAAAUGUGUGUCUCCAAGUUUGUUGAAAUGACAGAAUUUGUGUUGGUCCUCAUAUACAAUACAGCUGUUGUAACACAAGUGUUAUUAGACCAUAGCCACAAAAUAUUUAAUGUGUUGUGCCUUCAUGAUGUAACAGAGCAUUCUCCAGGUAGGGUAGUUGGGGAAAACAAAGGGAUAAAUCUCUAAAUACUGCUGUUUAACUGUUUGUUAUCAUAGUUGGUCAAUGCCUGGCAGGUACCAGCAUUUUGUCACUUAGGUCAAACCAAGGGAGUGACAGUUAAUGUUAAUAAGAUCUCAGUUGCACGUGCAAAAAAAUCCAAAUUUGAACAUUCUUAGGAGGUUUUUUGUUAAGGCAUGACAGAUGAUUUAAACAAAUAAAUAGCAUGCAACAAAAUGUCUUUAUUGAAAGGAGUGAAAGUUAUAAUAAUGCCACGGUUCACCAUCAACUUAAAAGAAAAAAAAAGAAAAAAGUUUAAAAAAAUUGCUAAUCUGAUAGUUAAUUUGUUCUUACCAAAAAUAAAGUUCCUUUGUAAAUAGCAGUUCACAUUUUUCCACAGUAUAACGGGAGAUAAUGGGUAGGGGUGCAUUGCUUACUGAAGUACAUUUUUGUCGGUUUGUGAGGGGUGUUUGAUGACUUUGACAAAAUAAAUAUCUAAACAAUUAUCCUUGUUACUGCUUUGCCAGUUCUACGUUAUUUACAAUUAUUCAGCUCUUGCAAUAAAUGUUCUGAAUUACC